ACGAAGCAUGUUUUGUUGAAUAUAGUUAUGUUCAGCCAGAGAGGAAAUCUGGUUCGUUGUAACAUUUAAUAAUAUUAGCAAAUAAUAACAUUAAUUACAAAUCGCAGGUAGCUGUAAAAAAACUUAGCGUAUAAAAGAAGAUGAUUUUAAAAAAUUAUUUGAUUAUAUCAUACUAAUGUUAAAUACAUUCAAUUUGUCUAUUAGAAUACUUCUGCAACAUAUAUAUACCGUUACGAGUCGAUUGUAGUAUUCUAUACUGUAUAGAUGUACAGGCACACGUAUAUUAGCUUCGACUUUGAGUGAAAUUUCUACAUUAUCAGUUAUCUUUGACACUUACGAUUGUGGUUAACCUGUCAAUCUGUCAGGGAAUUAUAUUUAGAGACUGUACUUUGACCAAGAAAAUUAAAUAUGCAGAUUAGUCGAACCUAGUCCAAAUUAUCAAAUUAUUUUAUUAAAAAGUAUUUUAAUUAUUACAAGAAAAAAAUAUGGGUAAUAGAUCUAGUCUUCUUUUGCGUGAAGAAGAAAUAGCACAAAUCCAAGAAGCUACUGGGUUUACACCAAACCAAAUUGAACGCUUAUAUAGUCGUUUCACAAGUCUUGAUCGUGGUGAUUGUGGAACACUUAGCAGAGAAGAUUUCCUGAGAAUCCCAGAAUUAGCAAUAAAUCCUCUUGGUGAUAGAAUUGUAAAUGCUUUCUUUGAGGAAAGUGGUAAUGAUAGGGUAAAUUUCUUACAAUUUAUGCAAGUGUUGGCUCAUUUCAGACCGAUUAAAAAGAACAGCCCUAAUAGAUUAAAUUCUAGACAAGAGAAACUGAAAUUUGCUUUCAAAAUGUAUGAUUUAGAUAAUGAUGAUUUAAUUUCGAAAGAUGAACUUCUAGCUAUUUUGCACAUGAUGGUUGGUGCAAAUAUUAGCGAAGAACAGUUAACUAGCAUUGCAGAGAGAACUAUAGUAGAGGCUGAUGAAAAUGGUGAUGGAAUGAUUUCAUUUGAGGAGUUUUCUAAAGCACUAGAGAGGACAGAUGUGGAGCAAAAAAUGUCUAUACGAUUCCUUAGUUAAUUUAUUUAUUUUUGUUUAGAUGAUGCACAAUUUGCUGAUGUGUUGAGCAUAUGUAAGAAGAUUUAUAAUUGAUAUUAACGAAUACAAUUACUUCUUGUUACAUCUGCCGAUUUGUGACAAGGUUGAAUAACGUUUGGUAUUUAAUGGUACAAUAAAAGGAAAGAUAUCGUAAAUUGCAUUUCUUUCAAAUUGUUAUUAAAACAGCUGCAGUUUUAAUUAAUAAAAAAUAGUACAAUAUUAUAUAUUUUUAUGAUUCAUAGUAUACAAACUCAAUUGCCAUUACAGAUUUUGGUAACCUGUUGUUUACAAUAUCUAAUCCAUUAUUCAUUCUGCUACACCGUUUACAAUCUUCCAAAAGAAAAAGAGAAGGUGACCACAUUUAUAAUAAAGAGCAUUCUUGAAAAAUAAGUUAUGAUAUUAAUGACACAUUAAAAAAAAUGGAAACAUGGAUGUAAAAUAUGUAUUACAUUAAUACUAUGUAUUUUAUUUGUACAUGAAUUAUAUCUUGACUUCGGAAAAAAUAUUGAGGCAUUAUUAUAUAUUUCAUUAAUCGUAUAUUUUCAUUAUAAUGGAAAUUCUUACUGUAUCUAUUUUACCUUCCUUAAUAGACUGCAACUAUAGGUGUCAACUAUCAUCAUAGUGUCUGAGGCAUUAAAUUUUGCAUAUGCAAAACAAUGAGAAUAUCUUUUGUAUUGCUGCAUUUUAAGCCGUGGAUGAUACAGCCAAUUUUUUUAAAUGCUCCAUGAAUACUUGUAGACUGACAUCGUCAGUUAAGACAGGUGCUCCACUUUCCUAAAUCAUAAUAACAAUUAAUUAGAAAUUAUAAUUGAUAAUUGUAGAAAUAGAGAGGAAUCAAAGAGUUUUAUUCCCAAACCCAUAGAAAAAAAAAGAAAAAAUAUUAGAGUUAGUUACAAUUGAUAAAAAUAUAUUUUAAGAAAAUAGAUGUCUUGAUGCCAACCACCAGUGAAUUGUGACAAUACUGCUACAAAAAACUGUUAAAGUGUAUAGAAUUUUAUGCUUGCUUUAUAGCAACAUGAAAUUGUGUUAAAUAAUGUCAGAUAAAUUAAAAGAACUCAAUAUUGAUGUUCCUGUAAACUUUCAAAGUAACGAUUAAUAUGUUAGUUAUUUUACUACUGUUAAGAAACAUGUAUGAUAAAGAGAAAAUAAAUAUUUUACUGCAUAGAUAGA